AUGAAAGGGACAGGCAAACACACUAUAGUUAUCCUGGUGUAUGUAGAUGACAUACUCCUCACUGGACCUGAUCUGAUGCUAUUAGAAGAAGUCAAGGUCAAACUGCAGCAAGCUUUCAAAAUGAAAGACCUAGGUGAACUGAAAUACUUCCUUGGCAUUGAGUUUGCUAGGUCACAGCAAGGCAUUCUAAUGCACCAAAGGAAGCACACCCUGGAACUAAUCUCUGAACUUGGGCUGGGAGCUGCAAAACCAGCUGUUACACCUAUUGAAGCCAACACUAAGCUAACCACCAAGGACUAUGAUGAACAUACAAGUAUGCACAACACAACAGAUGAUGAGUUGUUACUAGAUCCUAGCAAGUAUCAAAGAUUACUAGGAUAA